AGUAUAAGCAUGGUGCAAUAGUCGUAAAUUGCCUGAUGCAAAGAAUAUGUCAAACAGUAAACAAGGAAAAUGGGCUUUGUGUUAAAAUUGAUCUUUGCAAACAUUUUGCAUCUGUCGCCAAACCAGUGACAUAAUUUCACUAAGGGCUCUUCUCACUCCUAAGCAGGCAAUUUCUGGAUAGGGAAGUGAAAGUUUGGUGAAUUUCAACUCUGUUCCUUCUCAUUAUUUGUCAGGGUGAGGAAUAGCAAAAGCUUGGGUUUGCUUCUCCACAGAAAUGAAUAGAUGAAAAUUGCAAGAGGUAGCCUCUGCAAAUUCCUCCAUGGAAAAGGAAGACAUAGAGAUAGCACUUGGACCCUGCCUCUAAACCAGCAAUUCUCAAACUGGGUUUGGGAUCCCAAAGUGGGUUGCAACCCCAUUUUAAUGGGGUCGCCAAGGCUGGUGUUAAGACUUGCUGGGGCCCAGGGCUUAAGCCCAAACCCCACCACCUGGGGUCAAAGUCAAAGCCCCAGGGCUUCAGCCCUGGGUGGUGGGCUCAGGUUACAGGCCACCUGCCUGGAGCUGAAGUCCUUGGGCUUUGGCCCCCCUGCCUGGGGCAGCGGCACUUGGGCUUUGCCCUCUUUUCCCCUGCCUGGGGCUUAGGCUUUGGCGCCCCCUCGUGGGGUCAUGUAGUAUUUUUUGUUGUCAGAAGGGGGUGGCAGUGCAAUGAAAUUUGAGAACCCCUGGGCUAGACCCAUCUCUGAAAAUUCCAUUAUAGAUUCUUACUACAGUACUACUAAAUCAGCUUCUGUACUUUUUCUACAUUUUUUUUCAUUCAUACAUUUAAUUCCGUCUUAGACUUGAGCUCUUGCCUCUGUGUAUGGUUGCAAUAUACGGGUCAUAUUUUCUUCAGCAUUCUCAAUAGUUUUUUUGCCUUUCUUCCCUAGCAAUGAUGAGCUACACUUUCAGACGUACUUGUAUGUUUGAGCCGUUGUUUCCACAACCUACAUUACUACCUUGUUCCAUUCUCUUAAUCUUACAAAUAUAAGGUUGUCUUCUGGUAUUCCCAUACUUGACUCCUAGUCCAUUGGCACUUAAUCUGCCAGUUUUUACUGCUUCUAGUGAGGGUUCUGUUGCUAUUCCAUCCACUAAAAUAAUAAUGCCCUGAUUAUUAUUUUUGACCAAAAUAACAAACAAAUACAAAAACCGAAAUGUGAAUUUCACAACUUAAAUGGCUGGUCAGUUACGGAACAUCUCAGGUAAGAGCAGGGGUCAGCAACCUAUGGCACAAAUGCCAAAGGCAGCAUAUGGGCUGAUCUUUAGUGGCAUGCUGCUGCCAGCCAGGAACUCAGCCACCAGCCCCGCUCACCCUGCUGCUGGCCUGGAUUACGGAACCCCAGACCCGCAGCGGGAUGAGCCGCUCAGCCUGCUGUUGGUCUGGGGUUCGGUCUGCUGCCCGCACUGCUGGUCUGGCAUGUGAAACCUUAAUGAAGACUUGGCACACCACUUCUCAAAGGUUGCUGACUCCUAACUUGGAGAAUUGUUUCCAGCACUUUAGCUAUAUGUACUUUCAACUAGUUAAGUUUACUGCUGUGUCAAUGGUCUGUUUAGUGUUGCAUGUAAUGGAAGGAACCUGAAAUAUGCAUCACUACCUUGUUGAUGGUGUGCUGCACCAUGAGGUACUGGAAUUUGGAUUAUUCUGGGGGCACAGGAGAAGUUGCAUAGGUACUAAAUUUAGAUGGUAAAGACUGGGAGGCUAAUGCAGCCAAAAUUAGCGAGAUUCAGGAACUAGCUCUGGGGUUUUGUAAUGCUGUGGCACCAAGAUACAUUGGCGUCCAACUCUGUGCGUAGGAACAACUACAUUUGUUUUCUGUUUAUUUUAGGCACUGGGAUUUGUGGGAGUUGGGCCAAAAAUUAGCUGGGUCCAGAUGUUUCCAGCACUGUCGUGCCACUGAGCAUCAAAGUCUGGGGCUAUUGAUGUCAUAGGAGCCGCUACACUUUUCUAUUUGGCGUUACAUACUUGGGAGGCGGUGGAGAAUAGCCAGCUCCAGGUGCUAGCGCGAAGUUUCUGCAGCGCUGCCGCACCAGGAUGUAUCAGGAAGUGGGAGUUUGGGGGCGCAGAGACGGUACAGAGGGGUGGGGCUGGGGUACAAACCUUGGCUGCCUGCCAGCACCCAGAAGGCGGCUAAGUGCAGCGGGCCAGCGACGGGCAGAGGGUGGAGGCGCUCGGUCCGGGCACUCCCCACAUUUGCAGCUGUUAAAUUUUUUCACAUUUCCGCAGUGUCACGAUUUCCGUUUCCCUCCUUUAAAAAAAAAAAAUCCAAGUCCCCAGGCGUUCAGCAGCAGCCCGAGCCGCCCAGUCGAGCCCCGCUCCGCUCCGCUCCCGGCCAUGGACCUACCCGCUUCGGAAGAUCCCGAUGCCCAAGCGCCUCCGCCUGCCCUUCGCACGCUCCUGCCCUCCAGGGACUUCCUCUGCUCUCGCAAAGGGCAGCUCCUGCUGGCCGAGUCGGUGCUGUCAUUUAUCACCUUUAUCUGUUAUAUUGCAUCUUCAGCUGCAUCUUUCAUGAUGGCACCACUCAUAGAAUUUCUGGUGGCACUGUUUCUUUUCUUUGCAUACUCCUCUAAGCUUAAUGAGAAGUUUAAAGGAAUCUACUGGCCUUUGUCGGAUUUCUUGCGCUGUGUCACUGCCGCCAUUAUAUAUUUUGCCAUCUCAAUCGCUGCAGUCUCAAAAUAUUCUGAUGGAGCAUCCAAAGCAGCUGGGGUAUUUGGCUUUAUAGCCACAAUAGUGUUUGCUGUUGAUUUCUACAUUACCUUUAAUGACCUGGUCACGUUUCUCAAACAAGGCGGUUCCGAAAAUGCCACUGAAGCACAAAAGUCAGAAGAUGAGGCCUCCGAUUCGGAUUCGGACUGAAGAACAGCGCACCUAUGGAUUGUGAAGUCAAAAGAGAAGAGAUGACCAAGUUCUUUCCUAUUUGCUAAAUGCACUGCCAGUUGAAAUGUUUCCCUUUCUUGUUUUGGUCUCAGUCACCAGUACGUUCUCUCUCUUUUUCCAUCACCGUUUACAGAGUCACAAAAAACAGUGACUCAGUGGUGUGGUGGAAAGAAUAUUUCAGUGUCACAGAACAUUUCUUUGGAAACUGGCCAUUUUGUAGGUGUGCAAUCUUGUACCUAGAUAUUAUCUUUUAAUAUGUUUUAUUUCAAACUUUACAAUAGAUUUCUGAAUCUGAGCUUUCUUACUACUUUUUUCCCCCCAGAUUAAGAAGCCAAUAGUAUUCCUUUAGAUAAAGUCUCACUACCUCUACUAUCUCAAGCAUUUGAAGGCACAGGUUAUAUUGGAUGUGUAGGUUUCAGAAGGCUGCCUGUGUGUGACCAUGAAAAUGGCAGCUGAACAUCUGCAACAUGAGCAAAUCUGAAAAUGCCUCAGGUUAGCUGGUUUAGUGGACAUUCAAUUUUCUGUCAUUUUGUAAGAUUUUCUGAGGAGAAAUCACCCUCUUUCUAAUCUGCUUCUGUGGCGGCACAUCAUGCUCUUCAAAUUUUAUUGCAAAAACGAGGCUGAGCAUGAGACACGUUGUUUUAACCUUCCCCUCCUACCAGCAGGGCAGAAGCCUGUGUGUGCAGUCUGCACAUUUAGCUCUAGUUUCAGCGUGCAUGCCCAGAUGGGCCUGGCUCAGAGUCAUCCACAUGACAUCUCCCUACCCCAUCAAGCCUGUAAGAAUUUCCGCACGAGAAACCACUGCACAAUUUCUUGCUCUAUGCUUUUAACAUCAGUCCUCCAGUCAAUAGUGUUUACCCCAGGUAGGGAACCACAGGGCUUACAGCUCCUGAUAAAGCCAGGCUGCCACAGAGAAUGGAGGAAAGAACCCGGAGGCAAAGGCUUCUGCAAAUCUCACCUUAUCUAUGCUUUUGUGGUAUAGAAGGGCCAUACCACUGUGGAGAGGCAAACCCAGCCUCUUGACAGAAAUCUCAGUGCAGCAAGUCACACUUUCCCAGCCCUCUCUGGUUUUUCUGAGAGGCCAGAUUUGUCCCUUGGUGUGGAUUUUCUAGGAAAAAACUCCUGCAUUACAAAGGGUUCUCUUUAGAGGGAGGGUAACAUAACCUGUCUGCAGUGGUCACACCUUCUGACAACGUAUAUACACAUCCCAAACAAUAACUUAGUUAAAAGAAUGGCAAACUCCAUAUACGGCAUUUGAUAUGCUUGUUUCAAAGAAACUCAUAUGUUAACAAGCAUUUCAUAUAGUCACAGGACUAGUGGCUUUUCUUCUCUCUCUUUUUUUUUUUUAAACAAAAAAAGACUUCAUCAUCAAGACACAGCAGAUGGUACGAACAGAGUAAAUGAAAACAGAGCUAAAAGAAUAAAGGCAGUUUUUGCUGGGAAUAAACAUAUCCCACUUAUAUUUCAGUGACCUGCUAGCAGCUGGCUGUUAGCUGUCCAGAAGCAAGGUACCGAUUAGCAGCGUAGAGGUGUUUCAGACAGAAUGGUCUGGCUUAAUAAGGGGAUAUCUGAAAGACAACUUUCCCAUUCUCCACAAUUCCCAUUUCCAGACCACCGAAGGAGUAACAACAAUGAAUGUGAGAAGUAAUCAACACUUAUCUCAGGAAAGAGCCCUUUGGACUUUUUCCAGUGUGGAAUUCUGCAUUUCUGUCAUGCUUCUCUUUUACUGUAAUACGUUUACUGGCAUUUACUGUGAUGUUAGGGAACCUGUGGUAAUUUUUACACUCUCUCUUUUUGUAAUUUUAAAUUCUUUUUUUAUCAUACUGCAUGUGAAACCCUGGAAACUAGCCCAAGAUUAACAUUUAUAAACUAUCCUGGAUUAUACCAUCUUUAACAGAA